AUGUUAUACACGGUCGAGGAAAAGGUUACGGAUGCCUCAUUUCCACGGUCAGCAGGUGCUACAAUUUUGAUUCACGACAAAUUGAAGUUGGUCUAUAACAAGUACAAGACAACCAGAAAGAUACCAGAUGGAGUUAUUAAGAUCAAUUUAGUCUUUGCCCAUGGUACCGGAAUGAACAAAAGCAUAUGGAAGUAUCACAUUAACAGGUUUUAUGAAUUUGCAGAAAAAGAGGGUUGGUAUAUAGACUCUGUUUUGGCUGUGGACGCUGUCGGGCAUGGUGAUUCAGCUAUUCAGAAUCAGGGAAAGCUUGGUUGGUCUUACAGAUGGGAAGAAGGAAGUAAAGACUUGAUACAAGUUAUGAAAUAUGAAAAUUUGACCACAGGGGAUUUUCAGAAUGAUUACUAUAGCAAGAAUAUUGUGAUAGGACAUUCGUUAGGUGGUUUUGGGGCUAUUAUGGCCGGAUUUUAUGAGCCCGCCUUGAUUGAUUCAGUUGUAGCACUUGAUCCAGUAAUGUAUGUCACAGAUGAUAUGACUGAAAAAUUUACAUUGGUUUUUGAUAAGAUCGCUUCUCUCUUGAUUGAAAAAUUUGAUUCAGAAGACGAUGUUAACGAAUACUUUAAAAAAUUCUCCUUUUACAAGACCUUCAGGAAGGAAAUAUUAGAUGAUUUCAUGAAAGAAGAGGUUUAUAGCGAAAUCGAUCCUGAAACAAAUGAAAAAGUUUUCAAGAUCAAGUCUGCUACGCGCAACCAAAUGGCAACUUAUCUCAUGGCUGGAGUAAGUGUGCCACCGGCUAUGAAGUGCUUGCCACUUUUGAAGGUUCCUGUUUUGCAUGUGAUAGCAAACAAAGGAAAAUGGAAUCCUCCAGAGAGUGUAGGUUUUAUUAGAGGUGCUAUUCCCAAGAAGUUACUUUCUGUUGCGGAUAUUAAAGUUGGUACACAUCUUUUUCAUGCCGAAGAGCCUGACAUAGUUAUCGAGCCAAUUCAUGAAUUCAUUCUCCAAAGAAAGAAAAUCGCUGAAGAGUCUUUACCUUACGUACCUGAACUAAAGUUAAAGAGUGAUAAGCAAAGGAUUUACGACAAUCAAUGGGAGAUACUCCUUAAAGGUAAUGUCGUUGAAUCGAUAACAUUUGGGCCAAAGCUUUGA